AUGCCAGGCAGCGGCCCUAACGAGAGGAUGACAUGGCCUGGGCCGGCCCUCCCCGCGGCACCCCCAACGCGCCCUCUCUCCUCAGCCCCGGGGACACCACCCAUCCCGCCCCUCACCCGGACCCGCAGCCUCAUGGCCAUGUCCCUGCCGGGCAGUAGACGGGCCUCUGCUGGAUCCCGCAGGCGCACCUCUCCCCCCGUGAGCGUGCGGGACGCCUACGGCACCUCCUCUCUCAGCAGCAGCAGCAACUCGGGCUCCUGCAAGGGCAGCGACAGCAGCCCCACGCCCAGGCGCUCCAUGAAGUACACACUGUGCAGCGACAACCACGGCGUCAAGCCCCCCACCCCGGAGCAGUACCUGACCCCCCUGCAGCAGAAGGAGGUGUGCAUCCGGCACCUGAAGGCCCGGCUGAAGGACACCCAGGACCGGCUGCAGGACCGGGACACCGAGAUCGAUGACCUGAAGACACAGCUGUCGCGCAUGCAGGAGGACUGGAUCGAGGAGGAGUGCCACCGCGUGGAGGCCCAGCUGGCCCUGAAGGAGGCGCGCAAGGAGAUCAAGCAGCUCAAGCAGGUCAUCGACACAGUCAAGAACAACCUGAUUGAUAAGGACAAGGGGCUGCAGAAGUACUUCGUGGACAUCAACAUCCAGAACAAGAAGCUGGAGACGCUGCUACACAGCAUGGAAGUGGCCCAGAACGGCACGGCCAAGGAGGACGGCACCGGGGAGUCGGCCGGCGGGUCCCCUGCCCGCUCCCUCACCCGCAGCUCCACCUACACCAAGCUGAGUGACCCCGCCGUCUGCGGCGACCGCCCCCCCAGCGACCACCCUGGGGCCUCUGCCGAGGACGGGGCUGACAGUGGCUUCGCGGGGCUGACCGAGGACACGCUGAGCCGGACGGACGCGCUGGAGGCCAGCAGCCUGCUGUCGUCGGGGGUGGACUGCGGCCCCGAGGAGGGCUCACUGCACAGCAGCUUUGGCCUGGGACCCCGCUUCCCCGCCAGCAACACCUACGAGAAGCUGCUGUGUGGCCUGGAGGCCGGGGUGCAGGCCAGCUGCAUGCAGGAGCGCGCCAUCCAGACGGACUUCGCGCAGUACCAGCCGGACCUGGACGCCAUCCUGGAGAAAGUGACCCAGGCCCAGGUCUGCGGGGCAGUCCCUGAAUUGGGGGUCGGGGAUCCAGAGCUGGAGCCCCAACCCCCGGGGCCCAAAGACCCCAGCUCCGCCGUGGUGGUGACGGUGGGUGACGAGCUGGAGGCCCCGGAGCCCAUCACCCGAGGGCCCAGCGCGCACUGGCCGGGUGCCAACCGCAGCCCCGGCCCGUCGGUGAGCGUGGCGUGCCCGCUGGAAGAGGAGGAGGCGGCCGCCGCCGAGAAGGAGCCCAAGAGCUACUGGAGCCGCCACUACAUCGUGGAUCUGCUGGCCGUGGUGGUGCCGGCCGUGCCCACGGUGGCCUGGCUCUGCCGCUCGCAGCGGCGCCAGGGCCAGCCGGUUUACAACAUCAGCUCGCUGCUAAGGGGCUGCUGCACUGUGGCCCUGCACUCCAUCCGCAGGGCCAGCUGCCGCUCGCUGAGCCCACACGGCCCGAGCGCCGCGGCAGGCAGCUCCCAGCUCCGCCCCCUGCCCUCAGUCCAGCCUUCUGGGCCAGUAUUACCUCCUCGCCCAGAGUACAGGCCACCGGCCCAGGACUCGGAGCCGGGGUCUGCAACCCCUGGGCCCCGGCUGCAGUUCCAGCGUCUUCAGGCUGCUCCCGGCUGUGGGAUUCGGAAGCCUAGUCUGGCCAUAGGCGCGGGCCGGAGGAAAGACGGGGCGAUGUUGGGCACGAGGCGGCAGAGCGCAGCGUGGCUUCUGUGUCUGUUCGUCCUGGACCUUCCCCAGGCUCCGCUUCCCUCUCGGCGCGUCUGGCUGUGUCAGAUCGUUCUUCCCAUGAGAGCUGAGCCGGACAGGCUAGUGCUGGGGCUGGAGCCUCUGCGGGCCCCGGAGGAGGAGGCGGCGGCUGGCAGCUGUGUGUUUGUGGGGGGGGGAACCUCCUCCAGCCCUUCUGAGACAAGCCGCUCCGUCCCGCCGGAGGACGCCCUGCUGAAGGGCCGCGCCCGAGCGUCGAGGGUCUUCUCUCUUGGGGCCUUCAACGGGCUUUUCCUCCUCGGGUCAGUGGAGGCCGUGGCUCCGCGCCCGGCCCCGGGACACACCCCGAGAGCACGCGGGCAGGCGGCCCUGGCCCGGGCCCUGGCGCGCACGCGCGUGCGUGCUCAGUAG